UCUUUUUAUGUUGUCUAAUCGUCUAACCAGAAAUCGCGAAGUUUCUUCUCCAAACAAGAGAGAGGAGCUGAGUGGCCGGUAGGGUUCAUCCCAGCUUAGUCCGGCGACGAUGGAAGUCGCAAAUGCGCGAAACCACGCCUCCAAACGCAAGUUUGAUGACAUCAUUUCACCAUCCUCGCCGCCGCCUGCAACAGCCUCUUCCAAUGGCUUCAACGAUAACAACAACACCAACGGCAUCGACCUCUCGCUGCUCGAAGCCGUUGAGAAAUCCCAGAACUCCGUCGAAGUGGUUGACAUCAAAGUCCUCAAGAAACACGUCCUCUCCUUCGAACGCCGCCUGAAGGACAACAUCGAAGCUCGCCUCAAAUACCCGAACCAACCCGAUCGAUUUGCCGAUUCAGAGAUUGAGCUCCAUGAAGAGCUUCAGAAGCUCAAGGUCCUCGCAGGAGCUCCAGAGCUGUACCCUGACCUUGUCAAUCUUAACGUCAUGCCAUCCAUUGUAGAUUUGUUGAACCACGACAACACUGACAUUGCUAUAGACGUUGUCCAAUUGCUUCAGGACUUGACCGAUGAAGAUGUGCUCGAAGAUAACGACGAACCCGCGAGGGUUUUAGUCGACACCUUGGUUGAAAAUAGUGUGCUUGAGUUGCUGGUUCAAAAUUUGCAUCGGUUGUCGGAUUCUGACCCAGAUGAGAUGGAUGCAGUUUAUAAUACGCUAGCAACGAUAGAGAAUUUGAUUGAGGUGAAGCCUGCAGUGGCAGAAUUGGUUUGUGAGAAAACCAAGUUAUUGAAAUGGUUGUUGGGGAAGAUUAAAGUGAGGGAAUUCGAUAGUAAUAAGCAGUAUGCAUCGGAGAUAUUGGCCAUUUUGUUGCAGAACAGCACCGUGAAUCAGAAAAAGUUAGGGCAGAUGAAUGGAGUAGAUGUGGUGCUUCAGGCUGUAGCUAUGUACAAGUCUAAGGACCCCAAGAGUUCGGAUGAGGCAGAGAUGGUGGAGAAUCUUUUUGACUGUCUGUGCUGUUUAUUGAUGCCCUUAGAGAACAAGGAAAGAUUUGUGAAGGCUGAAGGAGUCGAAUUGAUGAUAAUUAUUAUGAAACAAAAGAAAUUGGCUUAUGGUUCAGCUAUAAGAGCACUUGAUUUUGCGAUGACCAAGUAUCCUCCUGCCUGUGAACGGUUUGUGGAUGUUUUAGGCCUGAAGACAGCCUUUGCAGCUUUUAUGGGUAAGAUUCCCAUCAGCAAGAAGAAUAAGAAAGAACGCUACCAAGAGGAAUUGGAGGAGCGUAUUGUGUCAUUGAUUGCCUCAUUAUUUGGUGGAAUUUUAAGAGGUUCUAGGAGAGAGAGAUUAUUAAGUAAAUUUGUGGAAAAUGAAUGUGAGAAGAUAGACAGGCUAAUGGAACUGUUCAUGAGAUAUUCUGAUAGAGUUAAAGCAGAAACUGAACGAUUGGAACAGGUUCAACUUGAUGACUUUGAGAUGGAUGAAGAUGAGAAAUACAACCGUAAAUUAGAAUCUGGACUUUAUACCCUUCAGUUAAUCGCUGUCAUUCUUGGUCAUCUUUGGUGCUCUGAACAUCCACAAAUGAGAGCGAGAAUUGAACUCCUACUCAAACAGAACAGGCUGGGUAAAAAUGAUGUAAAGGAUAUACUUCAGGAAUAUCAUGACAAUAUUGGCGACCUUGAUGGGCCAGAAGAGAAGGAACGAGCUCAAGCGAAAAUUCAGAAGUUCAUCUCGGCAUUAUAACCGCUGUAACUUUUAAAAUCUGUUAGAUUUCAUCAUGGCAGGACUUGAAAUCAAAGCCACCGCAAAACAUGGUUGGCUGUGUGCAACGGAACAUGGUUUACAUGCUCUAUCAUGUACUGUGUAAAAUCUGUUAGAUGUCAAAAAGAAGGCAUAGAUUGAACAUGAAGAUGUUAAUGGAGAAAGAACUCUAGUUUGCGAA